AUGCCAAUCAACACAUCCUCAUCCGACACCGGCGUGACCGGCGCCGCGAAAUUUGUGACCUCGACUGUCGGCAACACAGUCGGUGGCCUCGCACGCACCGUGGGUGGUGUGACCGGCGCCGCAGGCCGCGGGAUCGGCGACACGAUCACGGGCGCGACGGGCUCGGCGGGCAAACCGCUCGGCGACGGAUUGGGCAAUGCCGCGAGUGGUGUUGAGAGCGGGACCAAGAAGGUCGCGGAAGGGGUUGAGGAUGCGGGACAGUGGAAGAGUGGUGCGAAGAGAUUCUAG